GCUCUGGGGUUACCGAUAUGGCAAUGCCACUCUUGGAGACGGUUUAGUCUCCUUGGGACGGGAAGACUACAGCAGCCGCCAUCAUGUCUCUCAGCUGGUCGUCCAAAGACCACAAAAACACAAGCCAGCCCGCCGCGACCGGGCAGAAGCGGCCGCGCAACGACGUGGGGAACAAGGCGACGGUGGUGCUGGGCGCGCAGUGGGGAGACGAGGGCAAAGGAAAAGUGGUCGAUCUACUAGCGACCGAAGCUGACGUUGUCUGCAGAUGUCAAGGUGGCAACAAUGCAGGACACACAGUCGUAGUGGAGGGCAAGGAGUAUGAUUUUCACCUUCUCCCCAGUGGGAUCAUUAAUACCAAAAGCAUAUCACUCAUCGGAAAUGGAGUGGUCAUACAUCUCCCUGGACUGUUUGAGGAGGGAGAUAAAAAUGAAAAGAAAGGUCUGAAAGGCUGGGAAAAGAGACUAAUUGUUUCAGACAGAGCUCACCUUGUGUUUGAUUUCCAUCAGGUUGUUGAUGGCUUACAGGAGACUGAAAGACAAGCACAAGAAGGAAAAAACAUUGGAACAACGAAGAAGGGCAUCGGCCCCGCGUACUCCAGUAAAGCAUCCCGCACUGGUCUGCGUGUAUGUGACCUCCUGGGAGACUUUAAAGACUUCUCUACUAGAUUUAAGAACCUUGUCCAGCAGCAUCAGUCCAUGUAUUCAGCCUUGACAGUUGACACCGAGGACCAGCUAAAAAAACUUAAGGAAUAUGCUGAGAGGUUGCGUCCAAUGGUGAGAGAUGGGGUCUAUUACAUGUAUGAAGCUCUUCAUGGGCCUGCAAAGAAGAUUUUGAUUGAAGGGGCCAAUGCUGCUCUUCUUGACAUUGACUUUGGCACAUAUCCUUUUGUGACAUCAUCAAACUGCACUGUGGGAGGGGCGUGCACCGGUCUCGGCAUCCCUCCACUGAAUAUCGGCGAUGUAUUCGGUGUAGCUAAGGCCUACACCACCAGAGUGGGAAUAGGAGCCUUCCCCACAGAACAACUCAAUGCAAUUGGAGAGUUGCUCCAGACGAGGGGUCAUGAGAUCGGGGUGACCACGGGAAGGAAAAGGCGUUGCGGCUGGUUGGAUCUUGUAAUCGUCAGAUAUGCUCACAUGAUUAAUGGCUUCACCGCCAUUGCUUUGACUAAACUUGAUAUUCUGGAUGUGCUGGAUGAAAUUAAAGUCGGAGUUGCCUACAAACUCAAUGGGAAAAGAAUUCCUAAUUUCCCAGCCAACAUGGACGUUUUGCACAAAGUGGAGGUUGAAUAUGAGACUUUCCCUGGUUGGAAGACAGACACAUCUGCAGCAAGGAAGUGGAACGACCUCCCAGCCAAGGCACAAAACUACAUCCGUUUCAUCGAGAACCACAUCGGAGUUCCCAUCAAGUGGGUUGGAGUUGGAAAGUCCAGAGAGUGCAUGAUCCAGAUGUUCUAAACCCUUUGAUUGAGGAGAGAAAUGUGGCAUGAUGAGGCAUCGUUUAACCACACACACACAAAAAUCUUCUCCUCGUGAGAUAAUAAAUAUUCACGUUGCCGUUGAACAA